UUUUCACUCUGAAAAAGAUCUACUUCCUAAAUCACCAUAAACUACAAGCAACGCUUCAUAUGUACAAGAAGAUAAACAUUUCGUGUGUAGAUUUUAAUAUGAUUACAAUAUGAACAAUAUAAGUGAUAAUGAGGUGCAAAUUAAUGAAUGUAGGUAAUUUACGAUGAUGCAAUGUAACAAGCAUCAACUUAUGUAGCAGUGGAAAAGGCAUAUCAUCACUUAUGUUUAUUUGCUGAAUUCCGUAUCGUCGUCCUCAUGAUCGUUACUACCACAAUCAUAAUAUUUUGUAACAUAGAAUGAACUGAGUCUCCUUCUCACGUGGGUUUCUUCCUUCAUGCUCGCCAAAACCACCGCAGCAUCUUGUAUUUGGCAAAAACUACAAAGGAUACACAAAGUGGGGUUUUCAGCUCGUCUCUUACCGUUUAAUUCAUGAGUAUUCAUCAUGUGGCAAAAGUGCAUCUCUAAAGUCUCAAAUGUGUCUCACACCAGGCUGCAGACAUGAACUCAGAGGCACAACCCCAAGAUACCGCUUAUGUUUUACCCCUAAAAAGCUCCUUUGCUUGUUGACCUCAGAAUGCACUCUUCAGGUGUAUGUACUGCUCGUAAAAUGAUUUCACGACGCAAGAAGCUGGUCAUUACACUGCUAUGUGUUGGCAGUUUAUGUUAUGCAGCUGUGCAGAUCAUGCGUUAUCAUGAAAACUUUAGUCCCUUGCAGACGAUGUCUAGUGCUGAGAACGAGGCUCAGCGCCUGCUCAAGUUUAUUACAUCUUAUCAUUACCAGUGCAAUGCAACUUUGCAUAGUUCUAACUAUUCAGACUGGGCAAUAUGUACUGAACCAGACGUAGGCAUCAGCACUGAGUCUACUAAAAUCAAAACUGCCUACUCUGUUGGCCCACUUCCUGAUUACAGCUUUGAAACCCAGCUGUUGCGAAACUUGUCUGUUCAGCAGUUCAUUUUCCUUCAUGAUUCAUUUGCCCCAGCACCACCAGUACUGCUUCAACUGAACAAUACCACCAUAUUCCGUGCUACAUUAGUACCUAAUGACCCUUCAGACUUUGGCCGCAACUCGUAUGACAUGCAUACGAUGAACAGCAUGAUGGCCAAGCUGAAGCACCAUCAUGUAGACCUGCUCAAGAUUGAGAGCUUGCAGGACAUGACAACAUCAUUUGAAAUGUUGUAUUUCAUGGUCAAAGAUGGGAUCAUUUCUCGAUUUCAGCAGCUUCAUGUGGCAAUGGAAAUUGACAAAAUUGAUGAUGACUACCUUUAUGGAUGGUACAAAACACUGUACACCUUGUUCCACUCUGGAGGCUUUCGCCUCUAUCACACAGCAUCAUCUAGUCCACUGUGUUUGCAAGUCACCAUGAUGGAGUCCUGUCGCUACUUCAUGUCAUGGCUUCGCAAUCCAGGACCACGCAGUUUUCUCCUCUACCCACCUGCCAUUGAUGGAUCUCAGGAGUAUGAAGAACAACGACUGAAGGAUUUUUUAGGGCUACCAAAACUGCAAGAGGAUGACAUCAUUUCUGUAUCCCUGUCAUCUGCAGCCACUCUUCCUCUGUUCCGCCAGAUUCUCAUGUCAGGAACAGAACAGUGUAACAUCUUAGUGUUUACGCCUUAUAAUGCCCAUCCACUGAAAGCGCAUGUCUCAGCAUCACAUAUUACAUGCACCGUUAUACCAAUCAGUCAGGCUGAGAAUCAGAUCACUGGGCCUGGUAAUCCAGCAGAGCUAACCUUCCGCUCAGAAAGGGAUCCAAAAUUGCAAGGGCGAAGCAUGAAUCUGGUGGAUGUGCUGGCUCACUACCUGUCCCCCAAGCAGACUAGCAUUGCUUACAUCAAUCUUGCUCACGGUACCUGGCACUUUAUGACCCCUUUUCUGGACUCAGGUGCAUUGCAGAAAAUCAACCAGCUAGUGUUGAUAACCAAUAUUUUCAAGAGCAGUACUGGAGACAGUGAAAAGCUUGCAGCUUCAGUUCUUCGGCUUGAGUACAGCGAGCUGCAGCGUAUUCUUGCCUAUGGAAUGACAAUGAUAGAGGCAGUGCCUGCACCAGAAGAGUCUCUUCUCUUUCAUAAUGAUGGAGAUUGGUGGAGGUUGACUUUCAUAAGGAAAACUUAGUCAUCGAUGGUAUUGAAUGGUAUUCAUUCAAGAGAUAAUUGCACUUAUCAUACACAAAACUAAUGGCACACCAAGACUUAUUUUUCUGGAGGGAAAACUGGUGAAGAUGCCUGUAUCAUCAAGAAACAUUAGUCUUGAUGAGAUGGCAUUUUUGAUCUCCAGACAUGAACAAAUGGUGGCAAAACUUUCCUGAGGACAAAACCUUGAUCUCAAUACAGAUAACCAAAGCACAAUAAUAGGAUGUGCUUGAAAUCAGACAAUGAGAACAGGUUUACCUAAAGUCUGGAAUGUCUUGCAUUCUUCCGUCAUUUCUCUGGAUUCCUCACAUCAUAUUGCUUGAGUUUCAAGACAACUGUAGACAUGAUCUGUCUCAGCACAUUCCCUCAUUCGUUACUGCAGUGUAUAGUCAUGUCAUGGGUUUUUCUUUAUGCAAAUAACAAAAGACAUCCUACAUCCAUUGCACUGUGGAUUCAAGGUGUACUUAACCCACAUUGUUAGUGGAUGAUGCUUGCCACUAACCUUAUCUGUGAUCAUCUGUAUAAUUUGAGGCUGAUGUAACUGCGUAUACCACUGUGUACCACCUGCUAGGCAUCAUCUACUUCGCUUUCAUUUUCCUCGUAAUUUUAAAACUGUAUAAUCACAGUCCACUUUUUAGCUAUUUUCGGAGGACUGCAUGGUGUUUGUCUGCUUCCUAAAAUACACCAUCUGAUACUUUUAAGAAGAGCUUGUCAGUAUUUAUUAUAUUCCAAAUGGCAUCUUCCACAUAAAUCCUUCAAUAUUAUUGUCCCUUGUGUUGGAAUUCAUCUUCACCUGCAUACUAUAAAUAAGGAAAGAAAUAAUGUGUAAAAGAAACUUCUUUAUAUCAGUGAAAAGAGAUCUACAACAAGCUGAUCUUAUUGCCACUUGGAGAGCUGCCACCAUAAACUGACAGCUGGGAUGCUCAGUCAGCUUUUGGCAGCACACAGUCAUCAUGGUAUCAUGUUCCUGCAGAUGACACAAUGGGUUUUCAAGCUGUAGAUCUGAACUCAGGGCCAUUGAGAGCCAGCGCAGGCCCCGGGGCAGAUGACUUGCUAAAACAAGUAGGUGGUGAAUUUCAGACAACCAAAUGACAAGAGGCUAAAGACAGACAAAAAGGCAUUGUGCUUGUUCUGAAUAUCAGCUGUCAGAUUCUCCAAAAGCAAGUUGGCCUUAUGCCAUCAACUUCCCACAACUGGCAGAAAGCAAGGUGAAAACUGUCAGCAUCAGUGAGUCAUUGUCAUCAGAAGUGGUCAUCAUACAGUUUGACAGUGGUCUGUGUCUAUCUGCUAUAUACAGGAAUAGACAAAAGGUCACAAAGAUACAACCAUAGUGCAUCUAGCUCAGCACUCACCAACGGGACUGCAGGUGGUUGUUAAACGGAUUAAUCUAGAAAACUUAGAUCGUGAGUUUUUCUUGUGUACAGAAAGAAGUUGUAUUAACCAAGCAAUUACAUCAUCAGACUAUUCUCCUUUAUUAUUGUAUCUUCGUCCAUCGCCACAAACUGUAGAUUGUUAUGCCUAGUGCUUUUUAGCCCACCUUUAACGGUGGGUAAAAUCACAAUACAAAUCAACAUAUUGUUAUAAGUGAUGUAAGCAAAAGACUUGCUUGCUACAGAAUUACAUUUAACAAGUAGAAAAUCCCAUUUACUGCUCUUUUAUCUGUUUGUCAUUUCCAUGUUCUAUUUUUGGAGUGGAGGUUGCUUGCUUUUACUUUUUCAAUCUUCUAAACUAUUUGACUAGUGUUUCAUCUUCAUUCAUGUCUAUCAACAUUUUCUUUUACUUAACUUUGGAUCCAAUAACAUGGUGUUGCCUUUAGAUAAGUAAGGAGAUGACAAAAAAGAUGUAAAUUUCAAGAUAUGUGAUAUUCAUACCACAAGGACCAGUUACUGUGCGUAUUGUAUAUAUUAAUAUUUUAGACCUACUAAACAACCUCGCCACACGAGAUUGAAAAUGCUGGGACUGUGUGUGUAGGACUGUGUGUGAAAGAGAGAGUAUCAAUGUGCAUAUGAUCAUAAAUAAAGACAGUUGUAUAUGUAUGCAUGUGAAAGUAUAUUUCAACACAUCUCUACCUACAUUAUUUCCAACAUAAUUAGAAAAAAAUGAGCCUAAAAUUUAGUAGGACAAUCAAUUCAACCACCACAUGACUCCAUAGUUAAUUUUACUGCUGCCUAUAGUCAAUUUGACCAUCGCACAACUCAGUUUGACCAUGGACGUGGUUUGACCACAUAGCUGAUUUCACCACUUCCUGUAAUCGAUUUGACCAAUUCAUCAUCCAUGUUGUAAUUCAACCCCAAAAAAUUUUUUGAUGUAGUCUAGUUUAUCAGCAUUGAUUGACCUGCACAUGUUACUCUUUAUGCUUUUCAUUAUUUCUGUGUGCACAGCCUUCUGCAGUUCACUUUUACAGCUUUAGAUUUCCUGAACGAAACUUGCCUCUUUUUUUAUGAAUACCUAAAGGUUGUUUCUUGCUUAAGUUUAAAAGUGCAUUUUUUUGAUCAGCAAGCAGCCUGAAACACAAUGUAACACCAGUAUCAUGGAGUGUGAAACCAAUUUUAAAAGAACAUUGACAUGUUAAAAUGGUCUAAACACCUCUUCUGUAAAUCUGGCUUCAACAACAAUUUUGUGUGAACACUUCUGGGUCAGCACAACCCUCUCUUGUCUCUUUUCGUUUGUUUGAGCAUACAUGUCUGCAGAUGAAUUAUUUGAAUAGUAAUUAAUGGUCUGAUCAACCUCAGACUUCAAAUCUUAGUUGUGGUCUAAUUGAUUAUAGACAGUGGUCAAAUUGAUCAGAGACCAUAAUCGAUACCUAAACCCAUUUCUAAUUAUUUGUAUUUGGAAUGUCUGUGUUGUGAGUGGAUCGAUGCAUAAUAAUUUCAUUUGCAUGCAAUUACAUGUAUAUUUAUUCAUGAGUGUGCAUGUUACAAAAGUCUUGCAUUCAUACACAUGUUGUCCAGGAACUUUGAACCCUAUCUCUUCAGUAAGCAUGAAAGAUUAAGUGGAGGUUACAUAUAUAGAGCAAAGAUCAGCAGUAUAUUUGUUAAAAAGUCAGGAGCUCUAGUAUAGCUUUAAGAAAGAUGCAGAAAUAGGAUUUUAGAUUAUUAAAGUUUGGUUUCCAUGUGUCCUUAGUUUACUACACCCAGUCAUGAAUUGUUCAUAAUUUUUUCAUUUGUAUCGUUAUUACAGUUACUGAACUGAAAUCAAGUCAAAUUUGAUAUCACAUUUAUUUCUGUUUAUGUUUAAGUACAAUAUAAUCUGCUAGUUUUCAUAUUUUGAUGUGCACAGUAUGGUUGUUUUUUUUUUGUUUACUGUUAUCUUGCUCUCAGUCAUACUGUUUCCUAUCUCAAACACUGAGAUUUCAUUGGAGAUUUAAGGUUUUAUUACUUCACUUUCCAGAUAAGGUGCUGGUGCCAUUUUGUGUUAAGCAUUUCAUCCUUAUGAUGCAUUUUUUUAUGGUAUAUUAGAUAAUGUGGUGUUUAACAGCUAUUAAAUAUAUUCACUGCU